CGGCAAUGAGGGAGACAGGAGGGAGAGAAGGGUGAGAAAGUGUGAGUCAAAGACACCCCCAAAAAAGACGCAGCUGUAUUCUGUGUUUCUUUGUUUUCAUUUUUUCUCAUCGAGGGACAUUUGUGGGACAUUCGACAGAGGACCGGGCGGCCCUGUUGUCCCGUCCCUCCCUCCCUGGAUCCAGACUCAGGCUGCAGCGGCCUGCCAGCCAGGAGGACCAGUGACGCGCCGCCUCCCCCCCAGCCGACAUGGCUCCCACGCUGGCCACGGCCUUCUCCCGCCGCUGGUGGAUGGCGGUGACGGCGGUCAUCGAGAACCUGCUGUUCUCCGCCGUGCUGCUGGGCUGGGGGUCGCUGCUCAUCAUGCUCAAGUCGGAGGGCUUCUACUCCUACAUGUGCGAGGGGCCGAAGAACGGCUCCGCCUCCAACCUCUCCGACGCGUCCACGUCCGCGCCGUCCGACUCGGAGGAGUACCUGGAGAUGAACGGGUGGCCCAUCUGCAAGGACCAGGACGAGAUGCUGAACCUGGCCUUCACCGUGGGCUCCUUCCUGCUGUCCGCCAUCACUCUGCCCAUGGGCAUCGUCAUGGACAAAUACGGCCCGCGGAAGCUACGACUUCUGGGCAGUGCCUGCUUCGCCUUCUCCUGCCUCCUCAUCGCCUACGGCGCCAAUGACCCCAACAAUCUGUCCAUCCUGAUCUUCUUCGCUUUGGCCAUGAACGGGUUCGGAGGCAUGUGCAUGACCUUCACCUCUCUGACUCUCCCCAACAUGUUCGGAGACCUCAGGUCGACCUUCAUCGCUCUGAUGAUUGGGUCCUACGCCUCCUCCGCGGUCACCUUCCCCGGCAUCAAGGUGAUCUACGACCUGGGUGCCACCUUCAUCAUCAUCCUGCUGGUCUGGGCCUCCUGCGCCUGCCUCGUCUUCUUCAACUGCUUCGUCAACUGGCCUCUGGAGCCCUUCCCAGGUCCAGAGGACAUGGACUACACGGUGAAGAUCAAGUUCAGCUGGCUGGGCUUCGACCACAAGAUCACGGGGAAGCAGUUCUACCGGCAGGUGACCACGGUGGGACGGCGCCUCAGCGUGGGCCACUCCAUGAAGCAGCAGCAGCAGCAGCAGCCCACCGACCUGGCCUCGCAGGAGGCCAACAAGCUGUGCCUCUCCACCGUGGACCUGGAGGAGAAGUCCAAGGCCAAGGAGGAGACUCAGUCCUUCAUGAAGAGCAUCUUCAGCCCCAUCUUCCUGCUGAGCCUCAUCACCAUGUGCGUGACCCAGCUGCGCCUCAUCUUCUACAUGGGGGCCAUGAACACCAUCCUGGAGUCGCUGUCGGACGGAGACCUCAACACAGUGGAGAAGAUGCACGUGGUGAGCGUCUACACCUCCAUCUUCGGCGUGCUCCAGCUGCUGUGCCUGAUCACCUCCCCCGUGAUCGGCUACGUCAUGGACUGGAAGCUCAAAGACUGCGAGGAGGACGGCGCCAAGGGCGCCAAGAGGGAGCCGGGUCAGCCCCGUCCUCCCGACAAACACAUCCAGAAGAUCACCAACGCCACCAGGGCCUUCGUCUUCACCAACCUGCUGCUGGUCGGCUUCGGGGUCAGCUGCAUCGUGCCGAACCUGCCACUUCAGAUUCUGUCCUUCAUCCUGCACACGAUCGUCAGAGGCUUCAUCCACUCGGCGGUCGGAGGCCUCUACGCUGCUGUGUACCCGUCCUCUCAGUUCGGCAGCCUGACGGGGAUGCAGUCCCUGAUCAGCGCCCUGUUCGCUCUGCUCCAGCAGCCCCUCUUCAUGGCCAUGGUGGGACCCCUGGAGGGGGACCCCCUCUGGGUCAACGUGGGCCUGCUGGUGCUGAGCAUGCUGGGAUUUGCCUCCCCGCUCUACCUCAUGUGCCACAGCCGCCACCUGCAGCGCCUGCGGGACGAGCGCGACGAGGACCCCAAGAUCUACGCCAAGAUAACGACGGCUCCAAGGCCGAGGCUUCGUCUGAGACCUGGAGGGGCCGCCUAGGGAGGGAGGGGGGGGCUUCACUCACGCCAUCGUUACUGCCCAGUGUUUAUUUUGUUGGAUACGACUCUACGCGCCACUAUGACAAGCGGGCCUCGCCCUCCCCAACGCCGCACACUGUGACACACUGGCGCUCGGAGCUCCUGCUCCCCUCGAACGCAUCGCCAAACUGAGAGGGGGGGGAAAGCGGCGGUGGCGGACUUUUUGUUUUUAUUUCACACGCAUAUACUAUAUAGAAUGACUCCUCUACACAUCUUCUCUUCCCUCGCCGUCAUCCGUAUUUCUCUGUGACGAUGAACUUGACGAGAAGACAGCUUCGGUAACCACGACGACCUCCAGUUUCUCAAAGGACUCAAAUGUCCUCCCGGGAGACAAAAGGAACAGCACGAAUCCCCGGACAGCAGUAUGUGUAGCAUCUGGGACGUGUGUGUGUGUGUGUGUGUGUGUGAGACGAUAACACAACACUGCAUGAUGACCUCUGCUUCCCGUUUUACCGCUCAGACACACACUCACCUUUUUCUAUGUCUCUUCUUCUUUCGUUGUCCUCGGAGGCAUGUGGCCGUCACCGUUGGCAAAUCUUUGGGAGUAAACGGAUACCGGCGCGUUCUGUCAGGGAGUCUCGAUUCCGGUCACAGCAAUAAGUGCUUCUGUGAGGUUGCCGGGGCAACACAAUCGCUUCAACUUGUGUUGCUGUAUUUCUAAAUCGACACAACAAACGUGAAAGGUGCUGUUUCAAAUCGCAACAAAUGUUUAGGUGUUUUUUGCAUUUGCGCUGUAAGUGGCGACAAAUCGCCGCUAAACACAACUCGCAGGAGCCGCUCCUCCUCGGCCCCCAAGACUCAAGUCAGGUUCUCCACUUUCGUUUUUUUAUUAUUCCUCAGCAAUGACCAGCGGCCCCGGCGGCUAAACGUGAAUCUGCCUCCUGCGGACGUGAAGAUGGUUAAAGACGGCGGCAUCUCGAGGAAACAUCAAUAGCGCUUACCUGUUGUGACUCACAGAGGCACUUCCAAAGACAGCCAUGACCCUCAGAGUGCCUCUAUGUGUGCAGAAGAUGGGAGGAGCCCUCCACCCCUCCACCCCUCCCCCCAUCCACUCAUCCAUUCAUCCAUUCAUCCAUUCAUCCACUCAUCUAUCGCUUUCAUCCAUCUGAAUACGACGUCAUACAUCAGGGGCUGAGAGACAAGAUGCCCCCCCCCCCCCCCGGGAUGAAACUAAUGCACACGAUGCACUUUAGCGCUCCAGAUGUCGUAGUAAGCAGAGAAGGCCGCUAGCUGGCACCAUUAAAAGAAUGUAGACUGUAGAUUUUUUUUUUAAUUCAAUACACCGGAGAGGCGCGGUUAUUUUUUUAAGAGCCCAACAUAUUUUAAGAAGAAAACAAAGAUUCAUGCUUUGCAUGUUUAUUAUAUUGCCUUUAGAUGUGCACGGACAGCAGGGGGCGGAGUCUUGUCUCUCGGUUCAAACAUAGCCCCUCCCCCUGUGGAGAGAAAGCUCGGCAGUGAUUAUUCAAACGUGUUUAAACAAGUGAAGCAACUGGACUAAACUAUAGCCACCAUCACAAUGCAGCACGGCAGUUAUUGAUCUUCAUCCGACACCAAACCCUACGACCAAAACGUUGAAUUAUCAGUAAACCCUCCUCUGAUACUGUAGUUCUCUUUUUAUUGAUAGAACGUUUACAUUGUUGUGUCUCUCAGAUCUCAAGUGCAUCCAUUAUUUUUUUUUAUCAAUACUUUCUGUCAGAAAUUGAACCCUGACGUCCUUUUUUUAACAGAUUUUAGUCACACUUUAUUUUUACGAUACAGAGACGAUUGUCAUUUUUCGGGGAAAAAACAAGGAAAAGAAAUAAAUGGUUUGCGGCUGAGAAAUUACAUCAAUGUUUGUUUUGUGUUUAGAAUAUACACAAAAGUACAAAAGCAAAAGCACAAAUCUUCAGUUUAUUUCUUUUUUGCCUUACGUUUGUCGUUUAAUAUAAAAAACGACGGAUUCAUCACCGACGCUGUUGAAUACCACAGAGACCACCUCUGAUGCCGUACUUCACCCUGAAGCUAUAAAUCGUGGGUGAUGACGUCUUCACCUUGCUCAGUUAAAGACAAAAAAAAAUGAAUUCCCUCAAAACUGAUGGACACUUUUCUUCACCUUAAGGGCCUCAGCUGAGCCCGGCCUCCUCCAGUAGGAAAGAUUCUGCAGUAGUUUGUUCCAUCAAUGGAUUUAUUGAUUAAUGGCGUGUUCUCUGAUGAUGGGAAAUGCAUGUACCCUUGUAUCUUUGAUUUCUACCUUUUUUGCUUCUUUUUUCUUUAUGCCCUUCCUGCUCAUGUUUACGGGAAUGUGUAUUUUCAUGAUCUUAUGUUGUAUAUUUGUUUUUUGGUCUUGCACCACAGUAUAGCCACUAUCAUGGACAUUUAAAAAAAAGAUCAAUAUACAAAGCAAAAUAAACACCACAAUUUGUAUAAUGUG